CUCUGAUGGAUUAGAUAAGAACGAAAGCACUUUGCUUAUCGCUCCGUGAACAUUUCUGUUCUGGCCCCAAUAAAUGUAGGUCAGCCAGAAUUUCGGGCAUCAAGUGAUGUACGGCACUUCGUUGCUUUCGGGUGGUACUCGUUAAUGGAGAUCUUAAUUGGCCGACCUCCAUGGCUUCAAGUUCACUGCUGGUCAAUCGUGACAGAUGUGUGUGCGUUUUCGGGCGCCCAGCUGUCAAUAAUAUCAGAGUUAUGUGUAGUGUCCGUCUGUAAAACGGUUCCCACCAACAAGGGGGCGGUACUUGCUAUUUGACACUCUUUUCGGCAGCCGAGUGCUCUACAUUAUAUUAAAUUGAAUUUAGCGGCGAUGUCUCGCUUAUAAAGCAUGUUACGCCAGUAGUCGAUGUGUCCAAUUCCCGUUAGGCAACCGAUCGUCGACCGACUGGAAUCGGAAUCGAGCGAUCACUAUAGUCAUUUUUUCGAUCGGGUUGCGAAUCGAUCCGGCUGUCAGUCCGCCGUUUCGAGUGCUCGAGUGCGCGUGCCAACUGGAGCUGUUCGCAAGUAACCCCACGAUCCCAACCCUCCGGACCCCAAAAAGAUCGAUUUUUCAAGAUCACAGCAGUGAGAUUUCGAGUGGAGAUCCCCAACAUCGCUCCUUACUCACCUUAACUCUCUAUCUAUCUCAAUCUCUCCACCGCGGUGCUCGUGCGAGUCGUAAACAUAACUCAAAAGCGCUGACGAAGUCAGUAGCCGGCUAAACGCGACUCGGUUCGGAAGUCUCCGCUCCUAACUAACAAUCACAAAUUCCCCAGCCAAGUCCCCAACUCGAUAAGGGAGUACACGAAAAUUAAAAAAAUAAAAAAAAUUAUAAACAAGUUAAACAAAUAAAGAAAAAAGCAUAUGAAAUGCAACUGUUCGACGACUUUUGCAAAAGCUUCAACAAGGAAUUGCAAAGGGCGAAUUUCGGCUUCGCAUACAAUCGCGUUCAUUUGUUCUACAGAUCCCAGUGGCAAAAAGAUGAGAUCAACACAAUAUACUUGCUCUAUAGAUGGAUUUGGGCCCUGUUUUUCCUGGGCGUGUACAUCAUGUGCAUAAUCGUUCAGUUUUGCGAUGGAAAGUUCUUUAUCUACAUGACCAACUGGGGAUUCGGGCUGUGCACGAUCACCAUGCUGAUUUCCGCCGUACAGGUCACCUGCUGGCACUUUGAUCUGCGGAAUACCCGGAGUCUGGUACAGGAGUCCGCCCACAAAGCGGAGACCUCCAAAGGUCUAAAAAUAUACUGGUGGCUGUACAAUAUGACACUAUCGCUGGCUCUGAUCAUAUCAACAGUCUACUGGGUGUUUCUCCACGGAAAGAUGAAUAAGCCAAUGCGAUUUCCUGCCAUCAGCAUAAUUACUCACGGUCUGAAUUCCGUAAUGAUGCUGAUCGAUUUCCUGAUCGUGGCAUUUCCGCUUAGGAUCUUGCAUAUGGUUUACGGCAUGAGUCUGGCGAUUUUCUUCUUCGUUUUCACUCUGAUUUACCAUUUAUGCGGGGGUACAGAUGAAUUUGGCAAUCCCUAUGUGUAUCCCAUUCUGGAUUGGAACAAUCCCAACCGCUGUUUGGUGACCUUUGUGGGCAUCUUCGUGCUUAUUAUGUGCUAUUGGAUGCUGCUCUUCGGACUCUACAAGCUGAAGAGGAUGUUCAAUAGGGCCUUCAGUGUCGUUUGGACUCCUCACGCCGUGGGCCUGAUAUGAGGGAUAUACAAAAUAUACAUUAAAGACACCACAGACAGGCACACAAGUAAUGUCACCUCAUUAACACCCGCACAUUUACCAAGUUCUAUAUGCAUCACCAGCAUUAUGUUUAGUUCCAUUUACAAUCCAUCCUGAAUCACAAAAGCGUUUGCAUGCAUUUAUUUAUAUCUAGUAUUUACUAUUGUAAGUUUUAAUCUUCUGGUUCCUUAACAUUGAAUUGGUUUAGUUAGUUUUAUUAAUAGGCUUUGAUGUUGUUACUACAUUUAUGGAUAAAAUAGUAAAAAAUAUGAAAUUUGUUGAAAAUACUCUACUUGAUGCUAUCAAAUUUAAGAGAUAACUCGAGAGAACUAUGAAAUUGUAUAAACAUAUAACGAAAAUCGGAAUAAAAGACAGUGUAUAUAAGAACGUUACGUUAUUAACGGUUAAUUUAUUACUAUUGUAGCGAUUGGGAAAUAAAUAAAUUAUUAAAAUACA